AUGUCUGAGCUCCCAACGGACCAUUCUGGUCUGGAAUAUAUCAUCAAUCAUGUUUUUUGUCCUCUCAAAUUGCCGCAAGCGAGCGACCAUACCCUUCAGAACGACUUGGCCUUAUCUCAGGCGGUCUUGGAUGCUGCUCAAGCUUUCAACGACCAGCUGCCGUCCGAUAAGCAACAGCUUUGGGCGAGCAGCUUUAAAAUGCUUCAGAACCUCCAAGAUUCAAUCAGAUUCAGCGUAAUGUCUCUAAAGGAAGUUGAAUCUCAGAUCAAUGCCAUGGACGACGAAGAUGUCCUGGUAUUUAUGAUUCGCGCCCAAAAUGCUGCGGUGGUCAUGAGAAAACUUGAAUCUGAGACCAUAUUUGAAUCAUUCGAGAUCUCUCCUGACCCCGCCGCACGACGUGCAGAAAAGCUGAUUCCACUGUUCCCGAAGAGAGGGACACAACUCACCCCCCGGUAUAUCACCGAACUCCUGACCGGUAUACUUCGUGGCCUCGGGAGUAUCGCUGAUGUUCCUCGCAUCCGCAAGCGCAUCGGAGAUGACGUGCUGUGGAACAACACGAAAUUGCCGUGGAGGCGGUCUCCGCUUUGGCUUGUCAUUCGCGUUGCUUUACAGACGACUCUGGAGGCGCAAUGCUCUUGGACGAGCGACAUAUAA